AUGGCGAAAGUGCUGCUGCAUGGGACACUUCAUGCUACAAUCUAUGAGGUUGAUAUGCUUUCUGACAAAGGUUGCUGCAUUUUCUUCUGCAAGCUAAUUGAAAGCAGAGAAACUCAAGGGUUUGGAAAAGGUGCUUCCAAGCUCUAUACAACAAUGGAUAUAGGGAAUGCUAGAGUUGCCCGUACUAGACUUGUAGAAAAUGAAAACUGUAAUCCCCAAUGGUCUGAGUCAUUCCACAUAUACUGCGCUCACAGGGCUUCUUGUAUUUUAUUCUCUAUCAAAGAAGGCAAUCACAUUGGAGCAAGAGUAAUAGGUAGGGCUUCCAUGCCUGUUGAUCAGGAAUUAGUAAAUGGAGAAGAAGUAGACAGAUGGCUUAAGAUCUUGAAAACCAACCAUAAACCUCUCCAUGGAGGUCCUAAAAUCCAUGUGAAGUUACAAUUUUUUGAUGCCACCAGAGAAUUUAGCUGGUCUAGAGGGAUUAGAAGUCCUAAAUUCCCUGGAGUUCCUUACACAUUCUUCACACAGAGACAUGGUUGCAGAGUUACUCUUUACCAAGAUGCUCAUAUUCCAGACAAAUUUAUCCCAAAAAUUUCUCUUGCUGGUGGGGGUAAGAAUUAUGAGCCACAUAGAUGCUGGGAAGAUGUUUUUGAUGCCAUUUCUAAAGCAAAGCAUUUGAUAUACAUUACUGGAUGGUCUGUAUAUACUGAGAUCACUUUGGUAAGGGACUUGAGAAGACAAAAGCCUGGAGGAGAGUUGACCCUGGGGGAGCUUCUCAAAAAGAAGGCAAGUGAAGGGGUGAGGGUCCUGAUGCUUGUUUGGGAUGACAGAACUUCUGUAAAGUUACUAAAGAAAGAUGGAAUAAUGGCUACUCAUGAUGAAGAUACAGGAAGCUAUUUCCAUGACACCGGAGUCCACUGCGUUUUAUGCCCCCGUAAUCCCGGCAACGACGAAAGCAUUGUUCAAGACUUGGAGGUUUCCACCAUGUUCACUCAUCACCAGAAGAUUGUGGUGGUGGACAGUGAGAUGCCCAAUAUAGAAUCUGAAAAGAGGAGGAUUGUGAGCUUUAUUGGAGGUAUUGAUCUCUGUGAUGGCAGAUAUGACACUCCCUUUCAUUCCCUUUUCAGGACUCUAAACACAGCUCACCAUGAUGAUUUUCAUCAGCCCAACUUUGCUGGUGCCUCAAUUAAGAAAGGUGGACCUAGGGAGCCUUGGCAUGACAUUCACUGCCGGUUAGAAGGACCUAUUGCCUGGGAUGUUCUAUUCAAUUUUGAGCAGAGAUGGAGAAAGCAGGGCAUGAAGGACUUGCUUAUUCAAUUAAGAGAGCUAGAUGACAUAUUCAUAGCCCCAUCUCCAGUUAUGUAUCCCCAAGACCAUGAAACAUGGAAUGUUCAAUUGUUCCGGUCGAUCGAUGGAGGAGCCGCCUUUGGCUUCCCUGAUGCUCCUGAGGCUGCAGCCAGGGCAGGUCUGGUCACUUGGAAGGAUAAUGUAAUUGACAGAAGCAUUCAGGAUGCUUACAUAAAUGCCAUUAGACGAGCAAAGAGUUUCAUAUACAUAGAAAAUCAGUAUUUUCUUGGCAGCUCAUUCUGCUGGGACUCGCAUGACAUUAAGAUAGAGGAGAUUGGUGCAGUGCAGCUCAUUCCAAAGGAACUGUCACUAAAGAUUGUUAGUAAGAUUGAGGCAGGAGAAAGAUUUAGUGUCUAUGUUGUCAUGCCAAUGUGGCCAGAGGGUAUCCCAAAGAGUGCAUCAGUGCAGGAAAUAUUAAACUGGCAAAAGAGGACUAUGGAGAUGAUGUACAAAGACAUAGCUCAGGUCCUCCAAUCCAAGGGGCUUAAGGCAAGCCCGAAGGAAUAUUUGACAUUCUUUUGCCUUGGCAAUCGAGAGAGCAAGAGAAGUGGAGAAUAUGAACCUUCAGAGAAACCAGAACAUGAUAAAGCUUACAGUAGAGCUCAGCAAGCCAGGCGCUUCAUGAUCUAUGUUCAUGCUAAGAUGAUGAUAGUUGAUGAUGAAUACAUAAUCAUUGGAUCUGCAAAUAUCAAUCAGAGGUCAAUGGAUGGUGCCAGGGAUACAGAGAUUGCCAUGGGAGCCUACCAACCAUUUCACCUGGCCACCAAGCAGCCAGCUAGAGGCCAAAUCCAUGGAUUUCGAAUGGCAUUGUGGUAUGAGCACUUGGGCAUGCUACAUAACUCCUUCAUUCAACCAGAGAGUGUAGAAUGUAUCCAAAAUGUAAACGGGAUUGCCAAAAAGUACUGGGAUCUCUACUCCAGUGAGACACCACCAGAGCAUGACUUGCCUGGCCAUUUGCUCAGUUAUCCCAUUGACAUUACUGAAAAUGGAGAGGUCACAGAGCUACCUGGGACUGAAUUCUUCCCAGACACAGAGGCUAGAGUUCUUGGAUCCAAGGAGUUGCUUCCUCCAAUUCUCACUACUUGAUUCUUUGCUCUUAUUUGAAAAAUGAGCUCUUUCUUGUUUAUAUGUCAUAGAAUUCCCUGUACUUCUUGAA